AUGGUCGAAUUGCAGCCUAUCUUCAGGAAGGCCUACUGGACGCUUGCGGCCGGUGGCCUGGCUUAUGUCCUGUUUAUCUCCACCCUCACUUUUGCUGGGGUACAGCGAUUUUUCCUCUAUGCAAACAAGGUCAACCCUGCUUACUGGCAGGAUGUCAAUCAAGUUGAACAGUUUGGUUUCAUAAAAACCCAGGUUCAGCCAUUCUAUUUGGUGACCCCUGAUAAUGAAACGCUCUAUGGCUGGCAUCUGAUGCCUCUGCAUCUCUGUCGGGAGCAUGAAAAGGAGAUGAUGGAGAAACCUCCUUCAGGGCCGGCUAAAGACUAUACACAAACCUUGGCCUUCAAGCUUCUAGCCAAUGACCCCAACGCUCGGGUUGUCGUGAGCUUCCAUGGUAAUGCUGCCCAUCUUGGCUCUGCUCAGAGACCAGCCACUUACAAUACAAUGCUCGGACUCUCCACCCCGUCGCAUCCCGUGCACGUCUUUGCCCUUGACUAUCGUGGAUUUGGUCUUUCGACCGGUAGCCCGACUGAAGAGGGUGUGAUCACCGACGGUAUCUCACUUCUUAACUUUCUCACCGCAGGUCCCCUGAGCAUCCCUCCUUCUCGCAUCGUGAUAAUGGGCCAAAGUCUGGGUACAGCGGUCACUGCAGCAGUAGCUGAGCGUUUUGCCUUUGGGUCCCCUGAUGCGGCCGCAGUCCAGCCGGCCAUCAAGAAUGCUGAGCCAUUCGCUGGAGUUAUCUUGCUAGCAUCCUUUAGUAAUCUUCCCAGCCUCAUCCAGUCCUAUAGUGUCAAGGGCCUCACUCCUCCGAUGCUAUCACCACUGGUUGGAUAUCCUAGGUUCCAAAACUGGGUCAUGAGUCAUAUCGUGGACUAUUGGGAUACAACAGCAAGAGUGGCUCGUUUGACCGGCGUUAGCACUCCAGUUCCUGACGUUUCUGGGUUGACUUACUCGCACAAGGACCUCGAUCUGACUAUAGUCCAUGCCAAGAAUGACCAUGAAAUUCCGUGGUACGAAGGCCGCCGUGUCUGGACGGCCGCAACAGGAGAGAACAUUGAGGGUGCCCCUGGAGCAUUGAUCUACAAAAAGUCUGAAGGCACCAGCCCUUCUCAGAUUGAAAUCUGGGAGAACUUAAUCACCGGCAAGGAUGGCUCCCAGGUUGUGAAGAAGGUCCGCUGGGAGCGAGUUGAAUACGGAGGUCAUAAUCGUGUUGCAUCGUUUUCCGUUGCUGGGCUUGCUGUUCUACGAGCCUUCGAAGAGUGA